CUGGAGAACCUCCGCAUAGGCUCCAAAACCCGUGUCAUUUUCCAGGGCUUCACCGGCCGCCAGGCCACCGCAAAUGCACAGGAAUCCAUGGCAUGGGGCACCAACAUCGUGGGCGGCGUAAGGCCGGGCAAGGAAGGCGAGCAUCUCGGGCUCCCGGUCCUUCCGUCUGUCCGGAGGGCCAUGGAGGAGCUCAAACCAGAUGCCACAGGGAUCUAUGUCCCAGCUUCACAAGCCACCCAGGCGAUCGAGGAGGCCAUCGAGGCCGAGAUCCCGCUCGUCGUGGCCGUGGCGGAACACAUCCCCCUGCACGACAUGUUGAGGAUUCAUAGCAUGCUCAAAACUCAGAGCAAGUCGAGGCUAGUGGGGCCCAACUCCCCGGGAAUCAUUUCGAGUGCAAAGGGUGAGAGGUGCAGGAUCGGGUUCCAGCCGCUGCCUUGCUUCAGUGAGGGCUGUGUCGGGAUCGCUGCCAAGUCCGGGACGCUGUCCUACGAGGCUGUGGCCUCCACGACGCGGGCGGGACUCGGUCAGAGCCUCUGCAUCGGUGUAGGAGGGGAUAUCCUGCCCGGGACGGACCUGGUGGAGGCUCUGCAGGUACUGGAGCAUGACCCCCAUACCAAAGCCAUCGCGCUCAUCGGGGAGAUUGGCGGGGACGGUGAGAUAUUCGCUGCGCAGUGGAUUAAAGAGUACCACGCCCGGACACCCCUGGCCCAGAGAAAGCCCAUCGUGGCUCUCAUCGCGGGACAAAUGGCGCCCACGGACAGGGUGAUGGGGCACGCCGGUGCGUUCUGGCUCCCAGGAGAGCCGACUCCGAAGCAGAAGAUUCUAGCCCUCAUAGAAGCCGGAGUGACGAUUGUGAAUCACCCAUCCAAGUUCGGAUCAGCGCUGAAGGAGCAAAUCGAGUUUAGUGCUGCAAGAACGACUGAGAUCAAAGAAGGGAGCGUCUUCGACUCUAUAGAUGACUUCGCCACAGCAGCAUCGGGAGUGGCACCCGCCCAGCAGAGACGCGGUCUGCAUACUUCUGUCCGGAGUUCUUUCAGCAACUUCGUACCCAGAAGAUCAUAUCCCAAGGCCUCAUUUCAGCAGACCCGGAGCCUCCAUCUGGACCGCGCAGCGAGCCAGCGACUCCUCAAAGAAACAUCAACAAGCGAACAACUCCAAUUCAGCAGACGGACCCGCUACCUGGCACUUAGUAUCGACCGAGCCACCCGCUCGCAAUGUCUGGUUACGGCGGUCUUGCCCGGGACAAAAGGCUGGUACGCCCCGUCCAACUUCAACAAGAUCCUCCUGCCCCCUAGCGCAACCGACAUUCUCACCCUGGACGGCACCCAAGAAUGGGAGUUGAUUGUGACCGAACUGAUGGGCCAGCUGAAGAUCAAAGACCCGAGCGGGUCGACGGCCAGCCUCAGCAACGUGCUACGGGCCCUGGGGCGCGUCUUCAGGGAGAAGGAGGCCAAGCACGUGGGCCUGGAAUUCGGCGUGCGCUCCCAGGAGAACAGGCUGCUGUUCCCAGUGUACGACAUGCGGGUCGAGCUGGACGACGCGGCGUCCCGCAGCGGCGGGCGGCUCGGGGACGUCCACGAGAAGUACGGUGCGCUGGAGGCGCGCGACCCGGGCGCGAGGGAGGCCGAGAAGGACGGCAUCGUCUACCACCGGCUGCACCCGGAGGACAGGGCGUACAACAUCGGCACCCUCGUCAACGGCGCGGGCCUGGCCAUGAACACAGUGGACGCUCUGGGACGCCACGGCGGCCGCGCCGCCAACUUCCUCGACACGGGCGGCAAGGCCACGAGCGAGACGGUGAAGCGGUCGUUCGAGGUCAUCCUGCAGGACGACCGGGUCAAGGUCGUCUUCGUCAACAUUUUUGGCGGUCUGACGCGGGGCGACAUGAUCGCGCGCGGCAUCGUGCUCGCCUACAAGGAGGUCGACAUCAAGGUCCCCGUCGUGGUGCGCAUUCGCGGCACCAAUGAGGAGGAGGGCCAGCGGAUCGUCGCCGAGAGCGGCCUGCCGCUCUACGCAUUCGACGACUUCGACGAGGCCGCAAAGAAGGCCAUCGAGCUCGCGGGCGGCGAGCCUGGUGUGGACGAGUCUGAAACUGGCAAUGCCGAGGAGGCUACGGCGCCGGUCGAGGAGGCGUCUGAGGCUGUGGAUCGCAAGAUAAUCGAACCUACGACUUAA